UGAAUCAUCAUCAUCGUCAUCACAAGCCAUGGGGACAAUUGACGUUGACCAAGCAUUCAUCCAAGAACCAGAACACAGGCCAAGUCUCUCCACCAUUGAAGGACAAGGGAUUCCAGUCAUAGACCUCUCCCCUGUAACAUCAAACAACCCUUCUCUUUCUUCCAUCGACGCGCUGGUGAAGGAGAUCGGAAGCGCGUGCAAGGAAUGGGGAUUCUUCCAAGUAACAAACCAUGGUGUGCCUCUCUCUCUGAGGCGGAACCUUCUGGAAGCUUCCAAGAGCUUCUUUGCUCAGAGCUUGCAAGAUAAGAAGAAAGUUAGCAGAGAUGAAACGUCUGCCAGCGGUUACUAUGACACUGAGCACACAAAGAACGUUAGGGAUUGGAAGGAAGUCUUUGAUUUUCUAGCCAAAGAACCGACUCUUUUUCCCCUCACUUCUGAUGAACACGAUGAUCGAAUCCUUCAUUGGACUAAUAAAAAUCCUCAAUACCCUCCACACUUCAGAGAUAUACUAAAGGAGUAUAUCAAGGAGAUGGAAAAGCUGAGCUACAAAUUGUUGGAGCUGAUUGCUCUGAGCUUGGGACUUGAAUCUAAGAGGUUCGAAGAAUUCUUCGGCUUCGGAGACCAAACAAGUUUUGUUCGAUUGAACUAUUACCCUCCAUGCCCUUACUCUCACCUAGCUCUUGGGGUGGGUCCACACAAGGACUCUGGUGCCUUAACCAUUCUUGCCCAAGACGAUGUUGGAGGUCUUCAAGUCAAACGCAAGAUGAACGACCAAGAAUGGAUCAACGUUGAACCAAUCCCACAUGCUUAUAUCAUCAAUCUCGCUGAUAUUAUUCAGGUUUGGAGCAAUGGUGCAUAUGAGAGUGUGGAACACAGAGUAAUAGUUAACUCGGAGAAGGAAAGGUUUUCCAUUCCAUACUUCUUGUUUCCUGCACAUGACACUGAAGUGAAGCCAUUGAAGGAGCUGAUACACGAACACAACCCUCCAAAAUAUAGGCCUUACAAGUCAGGGAAGUUUCUUCUCAAAAGAUUUGAAGGCAAUUUCCAGAAACAUAGAGAGGAGAACCUUCAAAUUCAUCACUUUAAGAUAGCCUAAAGUUAUUAUUCACAGCAGAGA